CAUGUGUCCCGCUCUGUUAUCAGACCUGCUGCAUGCACAGCCAGCAGGUAUAAAAGGUGUGUGUCGGGUGCAGACAGCUGCAAAGGACAACCAUGGAGAGGAUGUUGGUGCUGUGCGUCUGUCUGGGGGUCCUGUCACUGAGAAACACUCAGGGGCAACACCACGUGACACCAUGCAAUUCGUGCACAAAUGCCACCCUCACCAACAUGACCACUAAUGUCACUGGAGCUUCUGCAACCAGCCAGUCUACAGAGAGUAUGUCCAGUCCCAUGGCCUCAGCUGUCACAUUUCCCAGCAGCCCCAGCAGCCCCAGCAGUCCCAGCAGCAGCUCUGCAACUCCCCCCCUCACUUCCCUGGCCUCUUCCAUUUCUCCUGCCUCCUCCACCUCCCUUGCCUCCACCACUUCCUCUGCUCCCCCCUCCUCCUCCUCCUCCGCUGUCACCACUGACUCUCCUCUCACCGCCGCCGGUUCCUCUACAGCUGGGAAGGAUGGCAACAGCAGUGCUUCCACCACUUCGAGGUCCACGUGGACAUCCACCUCGGGUUCCGUCUUGGUAUCACACAAGGUCACCACACCAAGAGGGGGCGGCGCCUGCGUAUCAGUCUGCUGCAGCCCCUUGCUGUUAUCGCUCAUCAGUAUCCUGGUCCACAGACAAUGGCCUCUGGUCUAGUCCAGACCUGGAGACCCACCACAGGGAGGGCAAGAAGAGAUCCCCGUCUUCCGGCUUUAACAGCCGUGCCAACUGAGCUCUGUCCACUUUAAUGAAGACUUUCCCCUUAAAUAUAAUACAAACCACUGAGGCUUUUUUUUUUUUUACAUUUAUUACAAAUAAAAUUGUAACCGAGUUGA